CAGACUCCAAAUCCUCCACUCAACAGAGUUAUCUUCCAGUUAGGAGUCUUUCCCUAGUGCAUUGUCUGAUUCUCUAAGUUGUUAAGGAAAAUGGCUUCCUCCAAGGUUCUUCUUCUUCUCGGUCUUGCCUUUGCCGUUGUUCUUCUCAUCUCCUCCGAGGUCUCAGCUCGUGAGCUCUCUGAGACUACUCAAACCCAGGAGGCUGUGCAAACUGACUCUGUGGAGGAGGCCAAGCAUGGUGGCUAUGGGUACGGGGAUGGAUAUGGCCACAGAGACGGACACGGACAUGGACACGGACACGGACACGGUCACGGACAUGGACACCGCGGUAAACCAGGUCAUGGUGGUCACCCAGGACACGGUGCUGCUGGCGAAACUGAAACCGACCAAAACUAGACAAAUCCCUUAUAUAUAUAUGGUGUCUGUGCAUGGAUGUGUUUAGUAAUAAGACGUAGUUAAUCUAAGCGUGUAUGCCAAUAAGUUGCUGGUUGUCUGGCUUCUAAGCUCUCAACUUCAACCAUAUAUAGUAGGUAUAUAAGCUUUAUCUUUGUACGUUUGUCGUAUUUCUUUCUGCUUUUUAUUAUGGAUCAUAACGUGCUUAAUCCAAACUGUUGUUAGAAUGUUCUGUUUU